AUGGAGGUGAAUGCCUGGAAGGGUACGGAGUAUGGUGUUGAGAUUUCGAUGCUCGUCACGUGCCAUGACCCGUGCUCAGCCAUGCUCGUGGAAGCCUCCAAAAUGGCUGUACAUCGUCCCCCGGCCAGCUGGAGCCUCGUGUUUCUGGGCUCUCAAGGCUGCACCAUAGCCGGGGGCGAUUCUCGCCUUCAUCGUCUUGCUGCCCACCACCUGCUACUACCCAUCUACUAUUACUCCUUUCCCAUUCCUGCCCCUUUCCUGCACUGCUCUAUUCGAGAAUGGCAUAAUUCCUCGGGUAUUUUUUACCGUUCCUUCCUGCGUGCUUUCGAGGCAGAGGAAGGCAAUCUCGCUCCUCCAUUCGAUUUCCUCUCCGCCAUUGUUCAGGCCAAGAAACGAAUCCUGCAAGCCAUCAUUCGCCCUUCUGCCCACAGCCCUGUCUCGCCAGCUUCUGCCAUCGGGGGAAUUCGAGUCAGGAAGCAUAGCGGCCAGGGAAACGAACCAGAUCCGCCAUUGAACAUCAUCUCGCUGCCGCUUGGCUCGACGACUCGAAAGGGGCCUCGUAGCGAGCCUGCUUCACCGGAGGUCCCUUGCCCUUCCUUGGCUCGGGUCGAAAUGCCGCUGCCCAAGGGCAAGACGGCCCCGGCGGGACGGCCCCGGCUAACGCUGGCUCAAUUGGCCGCCUACGACGACGUGCUGACGGACGCGCUCGUCGACCACGUGUUUUACUGGACGACGAUCCCGAAGAACCGAGCGUCGUACCAUCCCUCCCGCGGCAUUCGCGAGGAGGCCAUGGGCGACAUCAUCCAGAACGAGCUCGUCCUCAACAAGGACACGGAAGCGGGUGAGCGCAGGCUGCUGGCCACCGACGGGCUCAAGCGCUUCCUCAACAGCCUGAAGACGGAGCGAGAGAAGGAGGACUUUCGGCGUCAUCUGCGGCGCUAUCUGCGGAUAUACCUACCUGAUUGCCCGUGGGAGAUUAGCUCGACGAACCGAUACACCAUUGUCAGCCACGAGGCCUGCGUGACGGCCCGACGGUACAUCAAGCGCAACGAGUCGAUCAAGUACCUCUCCGGCAUCCAGGUCAACAUGACGGCCGAGGAGGAGAAGGACAUCUCGUUGCGGAAGAAGGACUUCAGCAUCGUCUUCAGCUCCCGCAGCAAGUGCGCGAGCCUGUUCAUGGGGCCGGCCCGGUUCGCCAACCACGACUGCGACGCCAACGCGAAGCUCAUGACGACGAGCCAGGCGGGCAUCGAGAUCAUCGCCACUCGGCCGAUCGAGGUGGGCGAGGAGAUCACGGUGACGUACGGCGAGAACUACUUUGGCGAGAACAACCGCGAGUGCCUCUGCCAGACGUGCGAGAACGAGCUGCGCAACGGGUGGGAGCCCGAGACCGGGUCCGCCGUCGGCAUCAAGCCCAGCGUGGAAGAGGCCGAGAAGGUCGAGGCCUACUCGCUGCGCCGGCGGCGACGAGACGACAGCAUGGGAGGCAGCAUGUCGAGAACGUCGUCGGUGACGCCCGUCAUCCGCCCGCGAAUAUACAAAACGAGACGGAAGAGUAAUCCGUGCAACAACGGCAACGAGGCUUCGCCUGCGGCCUCCUCGCCGGCGCCGAGCGUGGCGACACCCGGAGGUCGAAAGCGACGGCUCGACGCAAUGGCCACGCCGCCGAUGACGCCGGCCAAGCGGCGAAGGUAUCUGGUGCAACCGCUCGUCGAAACGGCGGCCUCGCGCGGGAGCUCCGUCAGCUACGCCGCGGCCUCCUGCAUUGGCGGGGACGGAGAGGCGGCGGAGACGGAUGCGACGUCGCCGGAGAAGGAGAGUCCAGACCGGGUCAUGGACGAUGCCACAUCGCCGCCCGUGGGCGAGGGGAACGACGAGGGCACAGCGGCCGCCGCUCUCGGGCCACCAUCUCCCGAAAGCGUUCAGGAACUUCGGUCGCCGCCCUCGUCGCAGCCAGAGAUGGAGCCGCGCGCGGACAAGGCGGCACCGGUGAUGGAGACGACGAGGAUGACGGCCAUGUCGAUCGACUCGAUCCUCAACCCGCCCAUGGAGGAGGCAACACCCGCCCCCGCCCCCGCCCCCGCCAUUCCGGCCGAGGUGGAGAUGGAGAGGGCAAGCAUCGCCAUGGCGAGCAUCGAGACGGCCGAGGAUUCGGUCGAAGCGGUCGUGGAAUCGCAGGAGGCAAUUGUGCAGCAGGUCAAGGCUCGGGUCAAAAAGUACACGCGGCGGGUAUUCAUCAAGCAGACAACGCCGCCGGCGCGACACCGCACCCGCGGCGACUACGUGCUCACGCCGCUGCUGCUGUCGGAGCCCGAGAUGGCAUGGGUCAAGUGCACCAACUGCACCAACUUCUUCGUGCAGCAAAACGCCUACGUCACACGGGCGUCGUGCCCGCGCUGCGAGCGGCACUCCAAGCUCUAUGGCUACAUCUGGCCCAAAACGGCCAAAGCAGGAGCCGGCGACAAGGAGGAGAGGGUGCUCGAUCACAGGACCAUACACCGCUUCCUCAACCGUCACGAGGAGAACAGAGCACGAGGACGGAAAGCGACAGGACCGGAGGCGGAGACGGAGGUGGUGAUGGACGAUGGAGAGGCGGCCAGACGGAAGGCGACGAAGGCAGGCCAGAUGGAGACGACAAGGGUGGUGAAGAGGACGACGACGACGAAGACGAAGCCGAUGAAGAAGACGAAGCCGGUGAGGACGGUGAAGAAGAAGGCGGUGCCACAACAGAAGCAGGAGAAUCGGCAGACGCAGAGACGGGAGAAGCAGGCAGAGGCUCCGGCGGACCAUGUCGCCGGCCUUCGACGGAGCAGUCGGGUGUGCCGGACAAGCAGCAAGCUGCGGCAUCGAUAG